UCCUUUGCCGGCGUGCGGCGUACACAGGACAACAAUAAAAUGUAGUGUGCAGCAGCAGCAGCCUGUUUUUCAAUCUCGCAGUGUGUGCCUUUUUUCUCUCCAUAAGAAAAGCUGUCAUCGGGCUGUUUUCUAUUCUGCGCCCGGCCCAGCAGCGGCAGCGGCAGUGAGUGCGAUGCGCGCCCCUUGGGCCUGGAUGUUCCGGCGGCGGAGGGCCAGCCUCGUCGGUCUGGUGCUGCUCGCGCUUGCCUUGUUGUUUAUCACGACGACCAGUUCCCGGAAAUCGAAAAGCAACGACAACAGCAGCCGCCAAGGCGACGCGUGGUCCAACAACCCGGCGCUGAUGGCAGCGGGACAGAGCAACUACGUGGACCGCAAGAGCGGCAUGCGAGUCAUCGUGGGACACUACAUGGGAGACAAAUCUGCACUCGACAACCCGCAAGCAAACCUCACAAAAGAAAUUUUGGACACCAACAUGUUCGCCCCACGCCCGAACGAGGGCAAGGACGGCUCUCCGGUGGCGCUGGCGCCCUUCGAGCUGCACAAGAUGCACCAAUUGUUCAAGAUUAACAGGUUCAAUCUGCUCGCCAGCGACAGGAUUCCGCUCAACAGAACUCUGCCCGACGUCCGAAAGAAAAUGUGUGCUUCUCGCUACGCACCAACUCCCGGCUUACCGAAGGCUUCAAUCAUAAUUGUCUUCCAUAACGAGGCGUGGUCGACUCUGCUGAGGACGGUGCACAGCGUCAUCAACAGGUCGCCGUCAAGCGUCUUGAAGGAAAUAAUUCUAGUUGACGACGCCAGCGAAAGAGCUUUCUUGAAAUAUCCUCUGGAGAAGCAUGUUUCGGAACUGCCAGUGGCGGUGCGAAUCUUUCGACAACGCGAGAGGGCAGGGCUGGUGAAAGCGAGACUGCGAGGAGCAAGGCAGGCCAGGGGUGACGUCCUCGUAUUUUUGGACGCCCACUGCGAGGUCACCAAAGGAUGGCUGGAGAGCUUGGUGGUGCCGAUCAGCGAGGACCGGAAGAGGGUGGUUUGCCCCAUUAUCGACAUUCUGUCAGACGAUACUUUUGCUUACAUUAGAAGUUUUGAGUUACACUGGGGCGCCUUCAAUUGGCAAAUGCACUUUAGGUGGUACUCACUCGGCAGCUCGGAAGUUUCCCACCGCAGAAAAGAUAUCAUUGCUCCUUUCAAAACGCCAGUGAUGGCUGGCGGGCUGUUCGCCAUCGACAAAGAAUACUUUUUCGAAAUCGGAUCGUAUGACGAGGGAAUGCAAAUCUGGGGAGGAGAGAAUCUGGAGCUAUCGUUCAGGGUGUGGCUCUGCGGCGGCCAGGUUCUCAUUGCGCCCUGCUCGCAUGUUGGCCACCUCUUUCGCAAAUCGUCGCCCUACACGUUUCCCACGCAGGGCGGAGUUGCCAACACCCUGUUCGCGAAUUUGGCACGCGCUGCCAAGGUCUGGAUGGACGACUGGGCAGACUUUUACUUCCGAUUUAACCCACUAGCAGCCCAAUUAAAAGACAACCAACAGCUGAGAUCUCGGGUCGAGUUGCGAGAAAGACUUCAGUGCAAAAGCUUCGCCUGGUAUCUGGAAAACAUUUGGCCCGAAAACUUUUUGCCAGGCCCUGGAAGAUUUUUCGGCAGGAUUGUGCACAAGCUGAGCGGAAGGUGUUUGAAGCGACCACAGAAUCAAAACGCGGUCCUUGGAGCUGCCAGCGUGAUAAACUGCAUCAGCACAAACCCACCGAGUCUGUACCAAAUGUUUGUGGUGGUUCCCAACGGGCCCGUGAUGACUGACGAAAGCGUAUGUCUCGACGUGCGCGAGAGCAGUGAAGGUUCUAUCCAGGGCACAACGGCCAGACUCUCCGCGUGUUCCCAGCUCGAGCGGCAAAAGUGGAUUUACCACAAAGAGAACCGGACGUUGGUCCACAAAGCGUCUGGACUGUGCCUCACAGGGCCGGAGAAUAAUCAAAACAACGACGUUACGAUCGACGAAUGUGCCAAAUACUUGGCACAGCAGCAGUGGAAGCUGGAAGAGCAUCCGUGGAGGUGAAGAGAUUAACUCGCGCAUUUUAUGAGAUUAACAACUGUGAUACUAAGUUUUAUUAAGAUGCUUUUUGACUGAGUGCUAUGAGAUUUAAAUAAAAGCCUUUUGUUCUCAAAGUAUCACAAA